AAUGCCAAAUGCCUAGCUCCACAUGGAAACAACUCUCUUGAUAACGAAAUGAUGCAUUAUGCCCACAUGAUAUAAACCCCACACAAAUCUUCCUCCAUUUUUUUUCUCCUCCACCUUCCCAACAUGUUAUAUUAGAGAAGGACAAUUUCGACUCAAUAUUAUCCCACAAGCUGUGGCCAUCUCAGGCUCAAAGACCCCAUCACCAGCCUCACCACCAACGCCAACGCCAAUACCACCACCAACAACAACGAUGACGACAAAGGCACCUCCUUUGAUUGAAGUGGAGACUGCAAAAUGUUUUUCUUGUGGAUUCACAGAGGAAUGCACCCCUGCGUAUAUCCUCAGGAUUCGAGAACAGUACCGAGGAAGAUGGAUUUGUGGGCUCUGCAUUCAGGCGGUGAAGGAUGAGGUCUUGAGAGCGGACAGACUCAUAUCUACGGAAGAGGCAUUGAAUAGACACAUCAGCUUCUGCAAGAAGUUCAAGUCAUCCAAUCCCAUGAAGGAGACAGAGCACCCCAUCUUUGCCAUGGGGAAACUGAUCCGGCGUAGCUUGGAUUCUCCAAGGACCCUCCGGUCAAAUUCAAGCAGUGAUUUGCAAGGGAUCGAUGCGGUCGGGAGAAUCACUACGCCAUCGCUUCUUCGGUCAGAGAGCUGCAUCUCUUCUAUAUCCAGCUGAUUGAGGUAUAAAAAAAAAUAUAUAUGUAUCUACGUGGAGCAGAGACACUCUGCUUCUGAUAUAGGCAUCAAGGUUUUAUGCUCUUCCUGUAAUUUAAAUUACUGGAUGAUAAACUGAAUUUGGCUAUGCAUAUGCUGAUUUCUUAUGUACAUAUGACACCCCGAUCUGAUGUCUUUGGUAGGUAUCCUCAUGUAGUCAUGUUGAUGAUUUGAUCUUUGUCAUGUAGUCAUGUUGAUGAUGUGAUCUUUGUA